GUCUUCACAGCUUCCCAAGCGCCAGCACAGAGGGUUUCACAUCAGCAGCGGAGUCUCUUCAGAGCUUCCCAGGCGCCAGCUCACAGAGUGUCCCAUCGGCAGCGUAGCCUUUUCAGGGCUUCCCAGCUGCCCGUGCACAGGGCUUCUCACCAGACACGCAGCCUCUAUGGCGCUUCCCGCCACGACUCAUACAGAAAUACCUACCAUGAUAUCCCCGACGAGGCCGAGAAGACCGAACGCUCUUAUAUCGACGAGGACGAUGUUUCGGAGCGCCUGAACUUCUGUGAUGCCGAGGUCAAGCUCAUAGAGAAGCCCUUUGAGCAGGACCUGGAUUCAGAACUCCCAGGGCAAGUUAGGUUUAUCAGAAGAGACGCUGCAUCGAGUAUAGAGCUCUUCUAUGAUUUGUGGUUUGUAGCCAAUCUUGCUGUAUUCUCAGCAUCCAAUCCAAUAACAGAAAUGGCGAAAUUGAAAGUUUUUACCGCAUACUUCGUACUCUUGUGGACGACAUGGUUUGUAACUACAGUCUACAUGGCCCGAUUCGAACACGAUAGUAUCUGGGCGCGCAUUGGCUUUACUUUCCACUUGGCCUCCAUUAUUGGAUUUACAAUCCUUGGAAUUGGGCUCAGCAAUAAAGUUCUCCUUCCGUCAGUGAUAAGAAUUACGAGCGUCACCAUGGCAUUCUCCAGAUUCACCCUCGCUACGCAAUACAUAGUUCUAUUCUACCAAUCUCGCAAGUUUGUGGAUAAUCGAGACUCUUUUCUCACAGCGACCAUGAUCCAGUUUGCCCCAGGGCUGAUAUACCUGACUCUUGGUCUUUCGGUCGAUUGGUCCAACAUAUAUGGAAACGGUGCUAUCUUUACCAUGUGGUGGAUUGUUGCACUAUUCGAAAUGUUCGUCAUCCUGGCACAUUCGGCAGUCUCCGAAACCAUGACAUUUGAGGGAACUCACAUCGCCGAGCGUAUCAACCUUUUGACCCUUAUUGUUAUUGGAGAAGGGGCUACCAUUCUUACAAAGAAACUUACUGUCAUCAUGGACUACACCUAUAUCCACCAAAUCGCAAGCUCCUGGACCUCCUCUCUCGUCGGUACUAUCUUCUGUGCCUCGGCUAUCCUCUAUUUGUGCUUCAUGCUCUACUUCGACAUGAUGCCUCACCACAUCCACAUGAAGGCUCCCACCCUUGCCCUUUGGCUUCUUUUCCACCUACCCUUUCAUCUUGUCUUAAUUCUACUAUCAGAGGGCACUGGACAGUGGGGCAUUAUGUGGCGCGCCUCAGAAUCGUUCAACGAGAUCGCCGACCAGCUGGACGAUGCUGUCGACAAAUGCAAUUCCACGGCGGAACUUGGCAGCAAACUUCAAGACCUGACCUCUAACAUCAUGAGUCUGUACGGAGCUGACUCCGGGAGCGACAUCACACUAGUCCAGAAUUCGGUGACCAAGAUCAAGAACUUGCCCGACAGCGCCAUGUCAGACGACAGCGCCAGCAGCCCCCUUCUCAAUGCGACUUCUACCAUUUUGACCACCCUUGAAAAGGCCGUCUUGAAGUCCUACUACAUCACUACGAGCAAGGACUCUGGAGAUCUCAGCGCAGAGGAUUCAAAUAAAAAGGCUAUUGAUGAGGCAUCCGACAGGCAGCUUCUUGUGCUUACAUACCUCUUCAUCAGCGCCGGCUUGGUCCUCGUCCUAAUGAUGGCCCUACACGUAAUCGCAAAAAAGAAGAAGUGGACCAUGUUCAAUAUGUUCCGUGCCGGAUUCAUCACGACGACUGGGGCCGGCCUUGCUCUGGUGGCACUUGUUAACAAGAACCAAGGCAGCGCGGAGAAGUUCUUGGAUAAGCCAUGGCAGUUGCCCAUUAUACUUGUCUGCUUUUUUGUUUCACUGAUGCUGGUUCAUUUAAAGCAUCCGGCAUAG